GACAACUUAGCACACACUUGAGUAACUUUCUCUUUGAUGUCCAGAGUUCACAAUGUUACUCUACACUGGGGAUAUUAUGAGGACUUUCAUACAAAGCUGUUUUUAAUAUCCUGUCCUUCAGGGAGGGAAAAGAAGGCUGCUCUCAAGAGUAGCUGGCCAAAAGAAAGUCAAUAGUUUUAUUUCCCUGCCUCCUCUGAUCUUCUAAGGACUUAGCCGGAAACUGCAUUAUUGGGAGAGGAGCCCAGGGAACUGAAGGAAAAGGAGUUUGGGGCCAAGCUGAGAGUGUCCGGAGCCAGAUAACAAGGACAGAGAUACUGGUGCUGCCCAGAAGUGGACCGUGGGGCCUCUGAAAGCCUAUGUGAAGUGUGAGGGGCACGCAAAGUGAACAGAAAUUUCAGCAAAUUACAGACAUGGAUUACCCAGAAAGGCUCCAAGAUAGACAACAAGAACCAGAUGACAAGAGCCAGGAGCAGGGGAGAGAGCCAGAACUGGCCUCUGGAUCCUCAGAACUGAGAAUUCUCCUCUUGGGGAAACAUGGUGCAGGGAAGAGUGCAACAGGAAACAGCAUCCUGGGGAAGCGAGUGUUUGAGUCCAAGUUCAAUGACUUUCCAGUGACCAAAACUUGCAAGAAAGAAAGUGGAACUGUGGGGAAGAGGGAAGUUGUGAUCAUUGAUACUCCUGAUCUUUUCUCUCCAAGGAUCUCUACUGAAGAGAGGGAACAAGAGAUCAGGCACUGCAUCACCCUCUGUUCCCCUGGCCCCCACAUCCUGCUCUUGGUGACCCCUCUUGGCCAUCACACAGUGGAAGAUAAAGAGAUAGUGAAGGGCAUUCAGGAGUUCUUUGGAGCUGAAGCCAGGAGGCACAUGUUACUUCUCUUCACAAGGAAAGAAGAUCUGGGAGAUGAGUUACUUCCAGUGUAUGUUGAAGAAACUGAUAAUGAGUACCUGAAGGAGCUGGUUCAGGACUGUGGGAAUCGGUACUGUGCUUUCAACAACAAAGUAGAUGGGGAAGAACAGAAUUCUCAGGUUCAGGUGCUCCUUAAGCACAUUGAAUUGCUGAUGAAGGAGAAAGGUGGCCAGUGCUAUGCUGAAUUUAAUGUAAAUAGAAGAAAGCAAACAAAUACUAAAGAUUCUGAGGCAGAUGUUACCAAUCCUACCAGAGGUCCUAUAAAUGAAAAUAUUCUGAGCCUCAUCCUUGUAGGGAGAACUGGGACUGGGAAGAGCUCAACUGGGAACACCAUUAUUGGGGAACAUACUUUUGAAGCCAAACUUGCUGGAAAAUCAAUCACUAAGACCUGUCAGAACAAGAAGAGAACCUGGAAAGAGAAGAGUAUUAUAAUUGUUGAUACUCCAUCCUUUGACCUUACCCUGGCUAGUGAAGAUCUUUCUAAACAAAAGGAAGAAGUCAUUCAUAGCCUAUACCUAUCUCAAGGACCCAGGGUUUUCAUUCUGGUGAUUCAGCUGGGCAGGUUCAUUCAAGAAGAUGAGAAGAGCAUUAGGGAACUAAAAACCAUAUUUGGAGAUGAGAUCACUGAGUACAUGAUUGUGCUCUUCACCAGGAAAGAAGAUCUAAGUACUACUGGGACACUGGAGAAUUACAUCAAGGCUUUAAAUAAUAAACCUCUUAAGAAGCUAAUUAAACAGUGUGGAGGAAGAGUUUGUGCUUUUAACAACAAAGAAAGUGGUCCAGCUCAGGAAAAUCAAGUUAAUGAGCUCUUGGAAAUGGUGGAUAAACUGGUCCAGAGUCAUGGAGGUCAAGGCUAUCCUGCCAGUGAUAAACCUGAGACUUAUACCAGAAGGAUUAAAGAUUUCCAGAGGAAAAAAUUAUUCAAGACAAGAGACAAAUUGGUAACAGUUAUGGGGGUUAGGCUGGAAGCAGGAUCUGGGGGACCAAGGCUGGUUUUUGGCUCUUAGGCUUACUUGGAGAAGAAACCACACUAUGAGCCCCCAGCUUCCCAGAAAUGACUAAAUGAAGCCUCACUAGAAACCAAACCAAGUGGGGUGCAACCCCAAUCUUCCUUGCCCAAAGCCACUUGUUCUGAUUGCUAGCAUCUGCCUCCCUUGCCUCUACCCAUUGGCUUCCAAUCUACCAUUGCUGUUUCUGCCUUCCUGAGCAAGGCAACAUUGUUUAGGGCUAGUCUGAAUGAGAUUUGGACUGAGUAUUCCCUAUUAUAUCUCUCAAGAAACUUGAGAGGUAUUCAAUGUGUGGUGUGGGAAUCAGAAUAGGAAAUGAAUUGAGUGAAGUAACUAAGUGUAUAUAUUUUUUGAAGAAAAAAAUGUAGUUUGAUUGACCAAAUAUUGAGCGUCUUUCUAUUCUUUAGAAGGUAUAUAUUAGUUUUGGCCACUUUUUCAUAUAAUAACUAAGUUGCUUGAAGUCAGGAAUUCAAUAAAAGUACUCCUGAUAAACUCAA